GCGCGGCUAAAAUGAUUUCCUCCUUUUCUGGCAAAAGAAAUAAUGCACCUGACUUUACCAGGGGGAAACAACCAGCCGAGCAGAACAAGGAACAGAUGUAAAAGGAAUAACGGCAGAGGGAGAAACCGAGAUGAGACCGACCUAAGAAAAUCCAGGGGAUGAAGCUGGAGAAGAGGGCGGCAGCAGUCAAAGCAGCAGCUUUCUAGUCCUGCAUAUACUCCAGGCAGAGGAAGACUUUGCCACUUGCAAAGUGCAACCCCGAGAACUCAGAACUGCUGUUUGUCCAUUUGCUAAACAAACUCUUUCUUCCUUGGCUGAGACGCCGGUUCCGGAAGGAGGCUCCCUGAAGAGGCACUUGGCUCUUCCAACAAGCUACGAAGACAAACAGCAGUUUUCCAAAAAGCGGAUGAACUGAGGUGAGCAGAGGGGGAAGACAUGAAUCCCCCUGGGAGAAGGAGGUGCAAGGCGCUGCAGCAGCAGCAACGGCGGCAGGAAAUCCCGGCUGGGCAACGCCUGAUGCUCCCCAGGAGAAGGGAGACGUGCAAAGGAUUGCAAUGGGAUGCUCUGGCUGGGGAGCAGCUCCAGCUCGGCGCCGAGAGAGGAAGCCAGAAGCGGAGACCCGGCUGCAGCGGUGGACAGCUGUGCACUCUGGCUGCCCGGCUGCGCUACCUGCUGGGCUUCUUCCUCCACAUGUGGCUGUGGACCGCCUCCGGCUCGUCCGCUCAGGUGUACAACCUCAGCCUAGCGGUGGACGAAGGGCUCCCCCCGGAUACUCUGGUUGGGGAUAUCCGUGCCGGGCUGCCCGGUGAGCAGCAGGGGGUGGGAGACGGCUUCUUCCUGUCUGAGGACUCAGGAGACUCCUCGCUGCUGGACGACUUUCACGUGGACACCGACACUGGCAUUAUCCGCACGGCGCGAAGCCUGGACCGCGAGCGGCGGGACCGCUACAGCUUCGUGGCGGCCACGCUGCUGGGCGCCGUGGUGCAGGUGGAGAUCACGGUGAACGACGUGAACGACCACUCACCUCGUUUUCCCAGUGACACCCUGCAGCUAGACAUCUCCGAGCUCAGCCCCCCGGGCACAGCCUUCCGCCUGCCCGGGGCCCGGGACCCAGAUGCGGGGCUCUUUAGCAUCCAGGGUUACACCCUGCUGCAGCCUCCCGAACUCCCGGACACCGAGGGACGCUUCUUCCAGCUGCGCUACGGAGGCCCGGGGCAGCAGUCCUCCUCGUCGGGCUCCUCCUCAUCUUCCUCCUCCUCCUCCCCUCUGGAGCCUCUGGACCUCGUGUUGCUGCGGCGUCUGGACCGCGAGGCUGUCGCUGCGCACCAACUGAUGAUAGAGGCUUGGGACGGAGGCAGCCCUCGGCGCAUUGGCCGCCUGCAAGUGGAGGUACGCGUGCUGGACGAGAACGACAACCCACCCGUCUUCAACCAGAGUGAAUACCGGGCCACUGUGCGCGAAGACGCCCCGCCGGGCAGCGCGGUCUGCCGGGUGCACGCCACGGACCUCGAUCCGGGGCCCAACGGAGAAGUGCGCUACAGCCUCCGCGCCAGGCAGCCGUCCGCGGGCUGGCUGGACAGCGAGGGCGCUUACUUCUCCGUGGAGGAGCUGACGGGCCUGGUGCGAGUGCGCCGGCCGCUGGACAGAGAGUCCCAGUCCUGGCACCAGCUGGUUGUGGAAGCCCGAGACGGAGGCGCGGAACCGGAGGCCGCCAGCGCCCUGGUAUCCAUUGCUGUGCUGGACGUGAACGACAACCCGCCCGUCAUCCACUUGCUCUUUCUAACGGAAGGCGGCGGAGCUCAGGUGUCAGAAGGCGCCAAGCGCGGGGAUUAUAUAGCCCGAGUCUCCGUGUCAGACCUGGACGGGGACCCUGAGGAGGAGGAAGCUGACCAAGUUAUAGUGGGUAGUGAAGGUGGCAGCGCAGGCGUCACUCUCUCCUUGGAAGGCGGUAUGGGCUCCUUCGCACUGCAUCCCGGAGGCCCCCGGGAUGUAUUCUUCCUUUGCGUGGAGGGGCCCCUAGACCGGGAGAGCCGCAGCCAGUACGAGCUGCUGCUAGUGGCUACCGACUCGGGGUCCCCGUCCCUUAGCACCCGGGAGACCCUCUUACUACGGGUCACCGAUGUCAAUGACCAGGCUCCCCAUUUCAAUCAGGAGCGCUAUUACACCUCCGUAUCUGAGGCCGCGGCGCCCGGUACUGCAGUGCUCCGUCUUAGCGCAUCUGACGGAGAUGAACCGGGCACUGACCAGGCCAUGGUGCGCUAUAUACUAACCCAGGUCCAGCCCCCGAGCGACUGUAGCCCAGAAGAUGCUGCUUCUGGAGCAAGAUGCGCCCCUCUGGCCUUUGCUGUGCAUCCGGAGAGUGGAGUGAUAAGCACCAUCCUGACCUUGGACAGGGAGGUCCAGGAAGCUGUGGAGCUGCAAGUGGUGGCUCAGGACCUCGGCCAGCCUCCUCUCUCCUCCACCUGCUGGGUGAGCGUGACUGUGGAGGACGUAAACGACAACGAGCCCGUCUUCCAGCGACAGGUGUACAAUGCCAGCGUGGCUGAACAUGCCCCUUCAGGGCACUGCUUUCUGCAGGUAAAAGCAUCCGAUGCUGACACAGGUCGGUAUGGCCAUAUUGAAUAUUUUCUUUACGAUGGAUUCCAUAGCUCUGAAAAAUCUCAAGCAUUCCAGAUUGACCCACAUUCUGGCCACAUCUGUGUAUCUCAAGAUAUUGACAGGGAACAAGAUCCAGCCAGCUAUGAUUUGUUAGUGAAAGCUCAGGAUGGGGGUGGACUAAGUGCUCAAGCUUUUGUUCGAGUGGAGCUGAAGGAUGUGAAUGAUAAUCAACCUGUUUUUAACCCGGCUUCCUACGUGACGAGCAUCAGUGGUCACACACAGCCAGGCACGGAGAUUCUCAAUGUCGUCGCUACCGACAGGGAUGCUGGAAUAUAUGGUGUGGUGGCCUAUGAGCUCAUUCCAGGAGACUUCUCCUCUCUCUUCACAGUUGACUCCGCCACAGGGAUUAUUUAUUUAGUAUCAACUCUUAGUCACUUGGAGUCUACUAGUGUGUUUUUGAUUGUCUCUGCCCGAGAUGGUGGAGGGCUCACAUCUGUAACUAAUGCAGAUGUUACCAUCCACAUCCUCCAGACCGCUCUGGCACCCGCAAUAUUUGAAAGGUCCAAAUAUGUUUUCUCCAUUCAUGAAGACAUGCCUGAAGACAGCCCUGUUGGAACUGUGAAAGCAAGAGAGCCUUUGAAUUCCUUGGAGACUGUAUCUUAUAGAAUUUCUUCUGGGGAUCCCUAUGGGAGUUUCACUAUUGACUCUAAGUUUGGUGUCAUUCGUACCCAGAAGCAGCUGGAUCAUGAAACACAGCCCAGAGUUAUCCUCACUAUCCAGUCACAAUUGGGAAGCUCUCCUGUUUAUAGUAGCACCCAAGUCAACAUCACUAUAAUUGAUGUCAAUGACAACCCUCCCAUUUUUCGCACAGCUUCUGAUGAGGUGAAGUUAUUACAGAGUACAUUGCCUGGCACAGCUUUAUAUAUUGCUCACGCAGAAGAUAAAGACAGUGGACAGAAUGGAUUUGUCCAAUAUGCUAUUGAAAAUCAGAGGUCAAGCAUCUUCACCAUUGAUUCGGAUACUGGUGUCAUAUACCUUAGUGGAACCAUUGGGCAAGAAAUGCAUCAGGAUUGGACUCUGUACAUCAGGGCUAAGGACCUAGGAGUUCCCCCCUUAACAUCUCUGUUGACUUUGACAGUGACUGUUGAAAAACCAGACUUGACACCUCCUUUGGCUUUUGAACACUUAGUCUAUCAGGUAGAGAUAAGUGAAUUCCUUUUACCAACAACUCAGAUACUUCAAGUCCAGGCUUUCUCAUUAGAGUCACAUCAUAAAACAUCCCAUAUUGUGUACUCACUGGAACUCAGCACAGAUUCUGUUGCAUUUGGCAUUGAUGAUUCUACAGGUUGGAUUUCUUUGCGGAAACAGUUAAACUAUGAAGCAUCUCAAAUAUACCAUUUCAAAGCAUUUGCCUGGAGCCUGGAAGACAGGUUGAGGCAAAAUGUGAGUACAGCUAUAACGGUUCAUGUUCUAGAUGAAAAUGACAAUUGUCCAAUCUUUUUGCAUGAUGUCCUUUUUUUGCAAGUUGAAGAGAACCCUACACCUCAAGGGGUAAUAGGAACAGUUGUAGCGACCGACAGAGAUUCUGGAAAAAAUGGACAGUUGUCAUAUUUCCUCUUGUCCGAUGGAAAAUUCUUCAAGAUUAAUCCCAACACAGGUGAAAUUAUAAAUUGGAUGGCAUUAGACCGGGAGCAGCAAGUACAUCAUCAGUUGACAGUUCUAGUGACUGAUCAUGGUUCCCCACCACGAAAUGCCACCAUGAUAACUUAUAUCUCAGUUAAAGACCUCAAUGAUAACAAACCUUAUUUUCCCCAAUUUCUUUCUGGAAAAGAACUCAAAAUUAAGAUCCUGGAAGGUCAGACUGCAGAUAUGUUGGUUACCACGGUAUUUGCAAAAGAUCUUGAUUCAGGAAACAAUGGAGAAAUUUUAUAUUCAUUAUUUUCAGAAGAGAGUUCAGAGCACUUUAAGAUUGAUGCCAACAGUGGAGAAAUAAGAACAACAACCCCACUGUCAUAUAACCACAGGCCACAUUACAGGAUGACUGUAGUGGCAAGUGAUCAAGGUAUGCCUCCUCUUCAAGGACAUGCAGUCAUUCACAUUCAGGUGAUUCCACUCUCCAAAGAAAGGCCAUCAGUUUCUCGUUAUAUUCAACAUUUGGUUAUACCAGAAAACUUUAAGCCUGCAAAAAUAAUGAGUCUGAUAAAGUCUACUGAUUAUUUACAGCAACAUAAUGGAAAGCUACAAUUAAGUAUAAUUGAAGAAGACAAGGAUAUCCAUUUUGCAAUUGAUAGCUCAACAGGGGACUUAUUUCUUUCCAGGGAACUUGACUAUGAAAUGACCUCUCACUAUCUUCUCAGAGUGAAUACAAAAGAUAACAACCAAAAUCCUACUUUGAAUAGCACCAUCUUCCUUAGUAUUGAUGUGGAAGACCAGAAUGAUCAUUCUCCUUUUUUUCAGGAUGAUUUCAUAGUGAUCAGCAUAGAGGAGAAUGUUUCUGUAGGUACCUUGGUCUACACAUUUAAUGCCAAAGAUGGAGACGGCAGUUUUCUGAACAGCAAAGUACAGUAUUUCAUUGAAACUAACAGUCCUGGUGAAAAUCCUUUUCUUAUUCACCCCUCCUAUGGCACAUUGGUCACUGCAUCCCCAUUGGAUAGGGAAGCCAUUCAGUCCUUUGUCUUGACAGUUACAGCAUCAGAUCAAGCUGUGAAUGUAACAGACCGGAGAUUGAGAACCAUGACGGCCAAGGUUGUCAUUUUAGAUGUCAAUGACCACAGUCCUAGCUUUGUGUCCUCUGCUGUUGCCUAUGUCUCAGAAGAUGAAGAAAUAGGCUCCCUGGUGCAUCAUAUUGUUGCUAAGGACCCAGAUGAAGGAAGGAAUGGAAGAAUCACAUAUCAUAUUCUUUCAGGAAAUGAAAACAAAACCUUCAUGUUGGAUGAGAUAUCAGGCUUGUUAACAACUACUUGUCCUUUGGACUAUGAAACCCAAACCUUUCAUGUGCUGACCCUCCUAUCACUGGAUGAUGGCCUGCCGGCACUUUCUGCAACACAAACCUUGACAAUUUAUGUCCUUGAUAUAAAUGAUGAGGUACCAGAAUUUAAACAACACCUCUAUGAAGUUACCGUUGCUGAAAACCAAGAUCCAGGACAGUAUGUUACCAAAGUGGAAGCUGUGGACAGAGAUUCAGGAAUCAACUCUCAACUACAUUUUGAAAUCAUACCAACAGCCGUAUCUGGCCUAUUCAAGAUCAAUUCCAGCACUGGAGAGAUGGUAACAGCAGCUAUACUCGACAGAGAGACUCAGGAGAUCUUCACCCUUAGAGUACUGGUGAAAGAUCAAGGAGUCCCUCAGUUAUCCAGUACCAUGACUAUUCUCUGCCAUGUGAAAGAUGAAAAUGAUCAUGCUCCCAAGUUCAUUAUCCCCAAUCCUGAAAUCCAGGUUCCAGAGAACCAAGAGCCAGAGAUCAUCUAUACCAUUUUAGCUAUGGAUAUGGAUACUGGCAACAAUGGAGCUAUGCAGUUUCAUAUAAUUGGAGGAAAUAUUGAGCAGUAUUUCACCAUUAAUGAAACUUCAGGAGAACUCUCAACAACCCGCAGCCUUGAUAGGGAGCACAUCAGCAAUUUCACACUCACUAUUGAAUGCUCUGAUUUGGGUAACCCGGGUAGAAGCUCCAUAACAGAGUUAAAAGUGAUCGUAUUAGAUGAUAAUGACCAUAGCCCUACCUUCUCUGCCUCACACUACCAAACUUGGGUGAAAGAAGACCUUGCAGUGGGAUCAGUGAUCCUAGAGCUCACCGCAGUGGAUGAAGAUGGUGGUCUCAAUGGACAGGUUGAAUACUUCCUAACCAAUGAUGCUCUGGGUAGCUUUACCAUCGACAAAAUGGCAGGCACAUUGAAACUUGUUCAAGGUCUCGACCGGGAGACAAGGUCCCAGUUUGUGUUUACGGUUGUGGCCAGUGAUUGUAGUGUUCAAAAUCCAAGAAAAACCACAGUUCAUCUGACUGUGAAUAUAGGUGAUGUCAAUGACAACAGUCCUGUCUUUGCACAGAACCCUUUGGAUGUUUUUAUCUCUUCAAAAAUGUCUGUGAACCAGACCAUUGCCACAUUGAUCAGCUAUGACUCAGACCUGGGUCUCAAUGGAGCUGUAGUUUUUCAUUUUGCUGAAACCCAAGCUUUGUUUCAUAUUGAUGAAUACUCGGGAGAGGUUCAACUUCAAAAACAAUUGUCCUCAGAACACUUCCCUAUUUGGCUACAGGUAAAGGCUACAGAUAAAGGUAUCCCCAGCAGAACGGCCAUUGGUCUUUUGGUUGUCCAUAUGCAGGAAAAAGAUGCAAGGUUUUCCUGUAGCCAGCAAUUAUAUACAUCAACUAUAACCGAAAACAGUGAAACUGGAACUCCUGUUGUGACUGUACAAGCCUUCACUCCAGAAUCCAGUGGAAAAGACAUAAAAUAUUGGAUUUUUAGUGGAAAUGAAAAUGGAGUAUUCUCUUUAAACUCUAAAACAGGUGAACUCAUUGUAAAGGAACCCAUUUUUCUUGAUUUUGAAGUCAGAAAUGAAAUGAACCUCAUUGUAUUGGCUGAAAGUGACUUGUAUACAACCUACUGCAAAGUGACAGUCUUAGUACAAGAUGUAAAUGAUAAUGUACCAGUUUUUCAUCCAAACACUUACCAAACAUCAGUGUCAGAAGGACAGAUCUUCAACACACAAAUCAUACAGGUGUUUGCUGUUGACCUUGACAGUGGAUUGAAUGGGCAAAUUGAGUAUUCAAUUCUCUCAGGAAACCAGGAUGAAGCAUUUCAGAUUGAUGCAGUGAGUGGUGUAAUAGCAACUAAUAUGGUUCUGGAUUAUGAACUCACCAAUUCCUACAGCUUGGUUGUACACGCUGCUGAUAAAGGGAUACCCAGGCUUUCUGCUACAGCUGUAGUCAAAAUUCAAGUGGUAGAUCUUAAUGAUAAUAUCCCAGCCUUCCUUCCCUUUGAACGAGUGGAAGUUCCAGAAAGUAUUCCCGUCGGUUCUCUUGUGACUCGAGUACAUGCUCAUGACCGAGAUUCAGGCCCUGCUCUUGUCUUCAGUUUCACUAAGAAGGGUAAUCCUGGAAAUAAAUUCACUAUUGACCACAAUACUGGAGCGGUGAUACUGGCAAAGCCAUUGGAUUUUGAAGAAGGACAUGAAUAUGAGUUACUGGUUGAGGUUUCUGAUUCUGUACACCACAUGGAAGCAGUGCUCAUGGUCUAUGUUAUGGAUGUCAACGACAAUCCCCCAUUGUUUCCUCAAGAUUUCUAUCAGGUUACACUUCCUGAAAUGACACCUGUAGGAUCCUCCAUCUUGACUGUGUCAGCCACAGAUCAGGACAUAGGAAUUAAUGGAAGGAUUUCCUACAAAAUCCUUUCUUCUGCUGAAGGAUUUUCAGUUGACCCUCAGAAUGGCUCCAUAUUUAUAAUCAAACCUGUGAUGCUUAUGGACAAAACAUCAACAAUUCAGCUUCUUGUGGAAGCCAAAGAUGGUGGAACUCCUGGUUUGACAGCCCUUGCUUUAGUGGAAGUAGAAAUUCAAGAUGUGAACAACCAUCCCCCUCAGUUUACCAUGGAGUACUAUAACAUCACUGUGAGUGAAGAUGCAGCCAUUGGGACUACCUUACUCACAUUUUCAGCAAUUGACCUUGACUGGACCCAUGAAAAUACCAAUGUCAAGUAUUCUAUCAUCAGUGGUAAUUUGCAGAACACUUUCUAUGUGGAAAUUCAUGUAAUUUCCUCAGGAUCCCCUUAUAACCGCAUUGGUCAUCUUGUGCUGAACCACCCUCUAGACAGAGAAACUAUGGCUUCUCAUGAACUCAUCAUUAUGGCUUCUGACCAUGGUCAUCCCCCAUUGAAUUCUACAGCCACUAUUUUAAUUGAUGUGCUUGAUGUCAAUGAUAAUACACCAAUAUUCAACUCUCCAGAAUACUAUGCCCAUGUUAGGGAAAGUCUGCCUGUGGGUAGUCAGAUUGUUGUGGUCUCAGCAAAAGACCACGACAGUGGAGCCAAUUCUGAAAUCACCUACACCAUCAUCUCAGGAAAUGAGAGAGAACAUUUUCAAAUAGAUGGUGAAACUGGAGCAAUAGAUUUGAUUAAACCCUUGGAUUAUGAAGAUACAUUGAUGUUCACUUUAACUGUCCAAGCUUCAGAUAGAGGAACAAAUCAUUUUGCUUUUACGGUGGUAUUUAUCAGUGUCCUAGAUGACAAUGACUAUGCCCCCCAGUUCAUAUUCUCAAGUUUAAACUGUGUUGUCCCAGAAAAUUUGCCCAAUUUCUCUGUUAUGUGUACAGCACAUGCCUUGGAUUUUGAUGCUGGUCCUUAUGGACAACUAACCUAUUCAAUUCAGUCACCCUGUUUGAUGAAUGAUGAAAUCCCUCAGGAUCAUGACCUAUUUUUUAUUGACCCAUUAACAGGGGAUAUCUAUACCAAACAAAUCUUAGACUAUGAAAGUGAAAAUAAACACUGCUUUAUUGUUCAGGCAGAAGAUAAAGGUGAGACCACAGCCACUUUGAUGGUCCAAGUGGAUGUUGAAGGAAUUGAUGAAUACGAACCCAUAUUUACACAAGACCAGUACUUCUUUGGCCUUCCAGAUAUUCAUCACACAAGACAAGCUAUUGGCAAAGUAGAAGCAUCUGAUGCUGAUGCUGGAGUUGAUGGACUUGUGCUUUAUACCCUUGCAACUUCAUCAACCUUCUUAUCUAUUAAUAAAACCAGCGGAAAUGUCUAUUGGGUUGGCGACCCUCCCUUUAUGGGAAACAGCGUUAGGAAAGAUGACAUCAUUGAAAUGAAAGUAAUAGCACACAGUCCCAAAAUGGACUCUAAGUUCUCCUCUUGCACCAUCUUUGUAAAUAUAUCCUCUUUCUCUCAGGGAGGAUUCUAUACACUCUCUGCUAACAGCCUUUCAAUCAGCCUCACAGCCUCUAUAGUCAUAUUCAUGCUCUUCAUCAUAACUCUCAUUGCUCUGAUUUUAAGAUAUAAACAAAAAGAUGCAGCGAAUUCCUGUGGAGAAAAAAAAGCAUGCCCAUUAUCACCUAGUAAUCUGAGCCUGAGUAGUGAUCCCAGCAUCCUCAAGGACUCCCAGAAAGCUCCCGAUGUGGGCAAUGGCAUUCUCCCCAUGGGCUCCAUGGCUGAGUGGUUGAAUUUAGUAGAUAUGAGAGAGAAAAAGGAUCUGGUGAAUCCAUGCAGGCAUUCAGACUCAAGUGGCCACUGCUCAGUGGAUGGAGAUACUGCUGAGGAUGAGGAGAUCAAGAGGAUCAAUGAACACCCCUGCCGAAAAGGCUCUGGCUCAGUUCUGAGUGACCGAGGGUCUCGGGUGCCAGAUUCUGGAAUACCCAGAGACUCUGACCAGCUUUCCUGUUUGUCUGGAGAAACAGAUGUGGUGAUCACCACUGAAACCUUAGAGAGCAGUUUCACCUUUGAGGGUGUAGGAGAAAGGUGUGAUGCCAUUUAUGCUCAGAAUAAAAUGCUCUCCCAGACACUCCACAAAAUUGGAAUGAAAGAGAAAACCCUCAUGGAAGAUAGUAGAAGAGAUUAUCUCUUCAUUUCAAAUGAUCAGGACUCAAGGUAUGGAUCUCUUACAACUUUAGAGGCUCCCACCAAGGAUCCAAGAAACAGCUAUGAUUGGGAUUACCUUCUCAACUGGGAGCCCCAAUUUCAGCCUCUUUCUUCUGUCUUCAAUGACAUCGCUAAGCUCAAAGAUGAACAUUUGCAGGUGCCUGGCUUACCACAGGGGAAGAAAUCUUUUGUUUUCCCACCGCCUUUGAUCACAUCAGUGGCACAGCCUGGCAUAAAGGCAGUGCCACCACUAAUGCCAUCCUUCCCACCAGGGAAAGCAUUCAAGAAAUACCCACGAUCUCCCCUUCACCAGCACCUUCAUUAUCCCCCGGCAGCCAUGACUCCCAGUUUUUCUCCUUCUCUCUCCCUGCUGACCAUUCAGUCUCCUGCAAUGUCUCCUCUGUUGCCAGAUGCUGGGUUGUUAGGAACAUGCUUAGUCAGGACAGCCCAUGGUCGCAGGGCAGAAGAAGAAGUCCGGCUGUGAAACCUUGACAUUGAGCCCCAGGCUAUUUUUAGUCAAGAAGGAGUGUGCUCAAACAAACAAACCAACAACAACAUUUCUAACCAAACUCCUCAGGGGUGAUUUUUUUCAUAGCUGAGAGAAUAGGAUCCAUUUCAAUCUGAGUUUGUACAGCUCCCCAUCUUAUCCUCUAAACUCUCUCCUAGAUUUAUUGAGAAACUGCCUGAUGCCAGACUCUUGUCUUCACCUGCCUGUAGUCACACCUUCUGAAUAAACAGUUCAUACUGUUGUACUUCACAGUCUGUAUGGAAAUGAGUUCAGAAGGUGAAAUGACUUGAUGGACGUGAGUGACCCGCAAACAAUUUUAAAGUGCUCUAUGGUGCAUUGCAAUCUUAGUAAGAAGUCGAACUUCUUUAAGACACAUGAGGCAAGAGCAUAUCAGAAUUGCAUUUAGUCAAGGUGACCACAGAGAUCGAACAGCUUGGGUAAAUGGACUAUCUGUGGCUCUUUACAUCAAGUUAAUUGGUACCUAAAGAUCCACUUCUGGAUUCCCUUCCCUUUCCACCCUCCCUGCCAACCUAUUCCAUUUGUAGAUGCUAAUAAUGAUUGUAGAAGUGACAGACACCAUCAUCUCUAGAGAGAUGAAUGGGAAAAAAAGAAUGGAAUUAGCCAUCAGUCUAUGCCAAAAAAGAAGAGUUUUUCCCAGUUGUUUUUGUCUGAUUAAAUGAACCGAGUAUGUCCGUUCUUGGUAUGGGUCCAACAAUGAUGCUAGCCUAAACCACUGGGUUAAACCUCUCACGUGAUAAACUUCCUUGGACUUCUUUCCAAAGAGAUCAGAGUACAUUUUUUUUCCUUUUUUUUCUUUCUUGAUUCUUCUUAUGACAGGACACAUGUAUAGAUGUGAAACUUUGAAGAUUAAUUUAUAGAAACUCAUUUUAUUAUUUUUUUCUAGACACUGCAGUUACUUGUGGUAAACAGAGAACAAAUAAUUUAUGCACUGUGUUAACAGUGGCAAAUUUAUGUAGAUAAAAACAAACUAGAUUGAUGGAAUUAGUUAUUCAUAUAAUUUCCUAGUUAGAAUGAUUUAAUGGUAUUUUUUAAAAUUAAGAUUUUUGUAUAAAUUUUUCUACUAAAAGUUUGAAAUGAGCUCCAAAAGCAUACUUUCUGUCUUCUCACGGUAUAAUCUAAUUACCAUUUGCUCAAUUAGAGUUUGUAUUCAGUGGUGCAAUCAGUACUUAGACUUUGUAUAGAUGGAUUGUACGCAUAGCAAAUGGUGUUGGAUUUUUGGCAUAUUCUGCCCUUGGAUUACCUUGUUUUCAAUACUGUUUCAUGGAAUCAAGCAGAGAACUUAGAAUUUCUUACAGCUGAAGGGAAAAGUCUUUGAGAUUACUCCGUUCAACACCUUCAUUUUACAGAUGUGGAAAAUGGAGACCCAAGGGGCAUUAUAUGGAACAAUGCUGGUUCCAAGGGCAAUAAUACAAACACUAUCCUCAAAUGAGCUUACUGAAACAAUUUAGUUGAAAGUGAGAGUCUAAAAUCUUGGGACAUUACAUUUUAUAAUGGGAGAAAUUCUAAGUUAGACGUUGUCGGGAAAAGUCAUAAAACCUUGGACUACCACAAACCAGUUCUGGGAAAGUCACCGUUGGAGGAAGAUGCAUGGCAGUACUGAACCAGAGAAUAAUUGCUUUCCAGGUGUGAUUAAUCAGGUCAUUUUGUAGCUUCCUAUUUGAAUGGAUUAUUUAUGAUAACUAGAUGCUUAAAAUCAGUUCUUUCUGCCUACUAAAGGAAUAUAAUAAAUACUGCCAGUAUCUUGGAGCAAAGCUCCACCUAGUUGCAGUUCCACCCACAGAAAGGAAUCAUCUACCCAAAUUUAAUUCUAGAACUUGGACUUAAACUCACAAUUCCUGUUUCCUUGUUCAGUACUCUUUCCCCUGUGCUACCUAGUAUUCCUUUGUCCCUUCACGUCCAGGAAUAAGCAUUCUUCUAAGAACAACCUCUAGCUCCCUCCUUUUCUGAGGUGGUUGCCUUUGGCAUAAAGAUCUUUCUCUUGAUGUUGGUGAUCCAAUAGUGGAAGAAUAAGUCUUUUAGACAUCAUGUCAGUAGCUCACAGAAUCAUAAAAUAAAAUUUGCAGGACACAGGAGGAGACUCCCUUCAAAACUGACCCAUGAACUUUGUCUUGUCUCUAUGUUUUAUCAUGGAAUUGGACAUGACUGAAUGAUUGAACAACUAUGUCUUAUUUCAUUCAUGUUCAUGGGAGCACUACUCAGUAGACAAGACUACAUCUGUGAAUUCUGAUCUUUGUUCCACUAACUCACUAAAAUAGCUAACGAUUUUGUGUCCAUUUUCCUUCUCUACAAAAUGGUACAAUCAUCCUCACAACAUCAAUGUGAGGUAGGUGCUAUAAGUAUUUUUGUCUCCAUUUUGCAGAUGAUGAAAUGAACUCAGAGAAAUAAAGUGAUGUUCAAAGUAACACAGCUAGUAACUGUCAGAGGUAGGCUUCUAACUUAGGUUUCAUUCAAUUCAAAAUACAGUACCCAAAUCUCACAACAACACACUGCCUCUCCAUGGUACUGUUCAAAGGGUACCUACUUCUGUUUACUAGAAAAUACUACUAAGAAUGUGAUGAUUUGCAGGUACAACAGACAGUGAAUUAUAUAUAUAUAUAUAUAUAUAUAUAUAUAUAUAUAAGCAACGCUAUAAAUAUUCCAUGCAGGUAUUAGCAGAUAAAAUAAAAGAUCUAUGGACACCAUUGUGAUUGACCCAAUCCUUUGUCUGAAGGAUGGAUUGGUGUCUUGAGUUUUUUUCACUGUGGUAUAUGCUCUUUCAUGGAGUCACAAAAUAAAGACCUACAAUCCAUAAAAAAUGAAGUUCUUAAUCAGGAGUCCAGGGACCUAUUUCAGGAAGGUCUGUGAACUUGAAUGGGGCAGAAUUACAUCUUUAUUUUCAGUCAUCCCUAAUUAAAAUUUAGUAUCUCUUAAUUAUGAAUUUAAUUUUUUUUAAAUUGGUACUUAAGUAUCAUUAGUCUGCCAGAAGGGUCCAUGACAUAAAAGAGAAUAAGUUCCCCUCUACUAGACCUAAUCCAACUAUAAUAGUCUUAACCGAUGCAAGGGACAGUCAGGUCCUGCCUAAGGAAGACUGCAUUUCAAGUAUCCCUGACAUAUAGAAAUAUUAAAAGUCUCUGGGGAAGGAGAUUCUGCCACAACCUUUGGCAGAUUUACAGUAUCUAAUCUCUCUUUGAUUCCUUUCAAUGUUUUACUGGAAUAUACCAAAACAGUAGGGGAAAAUGUUCAUGUCUAAAUUCAUUAUUAUGGAAGUUCUCUUUGGCCACAUUCUUUGUUUGUAGCUAUUAAAGAAAACAGUAUUUGCUCUUUGUCAUGCUGAUAGCAUUGAUAUUUCUUUUCCUCAUGUCUGUACACAGUUUGUUUUCCCUAACUCUUCCACAAAUUGUAUGCUUGCUCAUCUAAGUGUGUUCUUUUUGUGAUUUAUUACUCAUGCUGGAUAUGAGUCUGCAUUUUUUUCUAGAUAUUUUGUAAGAGCUAAAGAUGUUCAUUGUUUUGAGUCACUUGUUACCCAGUUCCAGUGGAGAUUUUUUUUAAUUGAUAGCUUUACUAAUGCCCUAUCAAAUACCAAGAGCCACACUGGCCAACAUGCUGCUGCUUCAAGUGUGGUUGAGGUUAAAAAUGUGAAUAUGUGAGUUAAGUGUCUGCAAUAAAUCAUGUGUCAGCCUUUUCAACUGGGGUCCUUUUCUUUUCCUAAGUAAACAAUAUAAUUUGUACAGUUUUCCUUCAAGUUUAAUAUUAACUUGCCUCAUCUGUUCUGGGUUACUUUGCUGAUCUGCACACCGGUUUUAGCACUUUGGAGGGGGUACAGAACUUGUUAGUGGAAAAUCAUAUUAAGCCCCAAAUUCAUAAGCUAUAAAAUAAAAGACAGUUGUCUCUGGUGGAAUUUUGGCUGCCUGAAGUUCUGGACUUGCUUGCUGGCAGCCUGAGAAAUCCUGGUGUAAAUCAGGACCAAAUGGAUAUCAAAAUUCCAUAUCCUAGCAGUCAUCAGCAACCUGGCAUCCAAGCAGAUUCCUGGACAAAGAAAGAAGAGGAAGAAGAAGAAGAAAACUAAUUUCUUUACCUUUAGGGAUUUGGUAAUUUAGCAGUUCUUAAAACUAUUUUAAAAUUUACCAUAAAGCACUGGCUACCUACACAUAUACAUAUUUAAUCUAUGAUAGAUUUUUAGUUGAAGAUAGGAUUGUUCCUAAGAAUGUUUCUCCUUAGAUUUAGAAUUUUAUUUACUAUGCAUUCCAGGGACAUUGCUAUUAGUGAAGUAUCAGUUGUUAAUUUAAAGAUUUCUUGUUUCCAUUAAAGCACGGGUCUUUUUCAUCACUUUUUUCUUUUUGCAAUUGAUUAUUCAGAUAUUUACAUGAAAUGAAAAGGGAUAUAAUAUCUACAAGAAUCUUAUCCCUUCCUUCUUAUUACUUUCUUACUACUCACUUAUUCACUACCUCAUCCCCACCCCCACAAAGACACAAAGUUAUAUGGUUGUAUGAGCAUUCUUUUCUUCCUAGCCAAAUGGAAUAAAUCUACUGAAAUGUUUUGGAUAAGUGUGAAAGUGUAAGCUGUUCUGUUUGUUU